AUGAAAAUACCUGGAAGGCAAAAUGUGACAUGCUUAGCCUGUCAGGACUUAAAGCCAAGUCUGGUGAUUUAUGCUGCUCUAGAUGAUGAGAAUGUCUUCCCUCGUCCAUUUUCAUUUUGCUGUUAUGUGCAUUUGACCAAUGUUCAGAAAAUUAAGAGUCUUCGCUAUCAUCUUCUACAUCCAGAUUAUCUGUAUUUUCGGAUAAGGGAACUGCAAAAGAAUUUCAAGCUUCGCGUCGUAUUAUGCCAUGUUGAUGUGGAAGAUGUUGUUAAGCCUCUACUUGAAGUCACAAAAACGGCACUGCUCCAUGACUGCACUCUUUUAUGUGCUUGGAGCUUGGAAGAGUGUGGUCGGUACCUGGAGACCAUUAAAGUUUAUGAAAAUAAACCUGCCGAUCUUAUUCAGGGACAGAUGGAUAUGGACUACAUUUCACGGUUAAAUCAUGCACUCACAUCAAUCCGGCAUGUUAACAAGACAGAUGUUGUUACUCUUGGGUCGACAUUCGGGUCUCUGUCCAGUAUCAUGGACGCAUCAAUGGAAGAUCUUGCCCGUUGCCCGGGCAUAGGAGAAAGAAAGGUAGGUAAUGUGUUUGUUGCGGUUCCUGCACAAUGCUGGGUCCAAAUCUGA